CAAAGACUGGAAGCAGGGGGAAACUGUUAGCCCAGACAAACAGAAAGCUCCUGUUUUUAUCGUCUGAUGUUCAGAUGUUAAACUUCAGACAGUGUUUUGUGCAGCAGGUCAGUCAGCAGUGACGUGUUUUAUAUAUUUUGGUAUAUUUGUAAUAUUCAUAUUUUUCCAAACACACACAUACGUUUCUUGCAUUUCACCGGCACCAAACCUCAGUUCGGUUCUUUAAUAAUUUGACUGUUUCGCUUCUUGUUUAGUAAAUUUCACUUUGAGAAAGUGAAGCGACGGAGCUGCGAUCAAAUGUUCAGUCGGAAGUCUCCUGCAGCGUUCAUCACACCUUCAGAGGGAUCAAUAAAGACUAAAAGAGAUGAACUGAUCGUCAUAGCUGCAGCAGAUAUCAGAGGAACGUGGCUUAAUGAAAGAGGAGGUUACAUCUGGGGCUGUGUGUCGGGGGGUGGAUCACAGAGGAGGAGGAGAGAGAGAGAGAGUUCAUCUGCAGACAGAAGCAUCAGAGAGGAAAGGAGGUGAACGAGGAGGAAACAUGGAGACGAGGAGCAGGACUUCACGCUGAAGAAAACACUUCUUCUCCUCUUUCUCUAAAAUAAAACUUCAGAAUUUAUUUUUUUCGUGUUGCUGAAAAACCUCCCAAAACGAUGACAUGUCAUCCAGUGACGCUGUGGAUUCUGGGCGUUGUCAUGGUGAUGAUGGUCGCCGGGGGAAACGGGGCCCGGGUGGUGAGCGGUCAGACGGUGUGUUCGGGUGGUCCGGAGCGUCCCUGCUAUAAAAUCGCAUAUUUCCACGAUAUGUCAAGCCGUGUUGCGUUCAAGGAGGCGCGUCAGGUCUGCGAGAUGGACGGAGGGUCACUGCUCAGCAUUGAAAGCCCGGCUGAGCAGAGAGACAUCGAAAAUCUGCUGCAGGAGCUGCGUUCAGGAGCAGUGGGCGGUGCAGGAGGAGGCACAGGAGGAGGAAUAGCAGACGGUGAUUUCUGGAUCGGUCUGACUCGGGUGGACGGAGUCGAUCAGAAUCAUCCUGAACUCAGCAACACCCUCACUUCCUGUCCACAGCUGUAUCACUGGACUGACGGCAGCCCGGCAUCCUUCAGGAACUGGUAUUUUGAUGAGCCAUCAUGUGGAGGAGAGGCCUGCGUCGUGAUGUACCAUCAGCCGACUGCACUUCCUGGUCUGGGCGGGGCUUAUCUCUACCAAUGGAAUGACGACAGCUGCAACAUGAAACACAACUUCAUCUGCAAAUAUGAACCAGAGAGCAAAUCAGUGACAGAAGAGGGCAAUACACCAGAGGCCACAGCAGGCGGCGGAGUCAAACAGUCUGCAGGCAGUGAGGAGGUUCCUCCUCAGGUCACCAUGGCUGGAGCUUCAGGCAUGCUGCUGGUGUACGUGAUCAUUCCCACAAUCCCCCUGCUGCUGCUCAUCCUGGUGGCUUCUGGGACGUGUUGUUUUCAGAUGUUCAGUAGAAGGUGAGACUGAAGGAUCCCAGCAGCUUCGUUUCCUGCCGCCGCCGCGGUUAUUACUGCUGAUGAUGCAGGGUUUUAUUGUGUGUGUGUGUGUGUGUGCUUACUCAGUGAUUAUGACGGGUCAAACACUCACAUGUCUUGUUAACAAGAGCUGAUUUACAGCAGCUCCUGGCUCACUGCCUCAGAGUGUGUCUAUGUGAGUGAGUGUGUGUCUGUGCGUGUCUAUG